AUGUUAUUACGUAGAUUGAUUCUACCUUUUGUUGUGACUAUCAAACGCCAAGCUUCGGGGAAGCAAAAUAAUAUGGAUCUAUCAAAACAAUUUCAAAAUUAUGCUUGGUGCAAACCAGACUGGUGCUUCCCAAGUAUGAGUAAGGAAACCAAUGAGCUUUUGAAACAGUGUGCUAGUAUUGAGCAGGAAGAGGUGUUCGAUGACAUUGAUGAAGUUAUCGCGAGGAGUAAGGCCUUCCCAAUACCGUUUCCAAUUGAGACUGUCAGGUUAGAAAAGCUGAAAGUGCGACGGCCUAUAGAAAAAUUAAAAAAGAAUAUUGUGUCCACCUACCCCCUAAUACAUGAACGAGUGGUUCUUCUAAUGACACAUUUCUUGAUUUACAAAAGGGAGUUUGGUAGUCUUAUAGAGAAGGAGUUCUACAAAGAUAUGGGCGUUGCAGACUUGAUUGACAGGAUAUUGAAGAAGCGAGCCAUCUCCUUUGUGGGUCCAAAAGACGCGUAUAUGCUUAUGUCGGGAGAAGAAGGGUAUGGUCACAUCAAGCAAGGCAGGAGCACCGCUCAGGCUGCCAAGCGGCGUUAUUCGAGCAUUCCUAGGGCUGGUCGGGCUGGUCGGGGCGGACGGGGCGGUCGGGGCAGAGGCAGAUUUCAUCGUGACACAUCAAACUUCAUUUGUUCUGGUGGUUGGGAGACAAUCGGCACUAUGCAACAAAAGCCACCGUUAGUGUUAGAAGACUUGUUAAGUUAUGAUGAGAUAAAGCUUUCCGCUUACGUAUUUGUGAGUGGUCACACCGAAUGCAUUAACGACGGCGACAGAAAAAACGCUGGGGUUGUCAGCGAAGAAAAUACUGAGAAAAGUGCUGUUAUUAUCGGCGCCAUUGGACCUCGAUUCCAGCGACCAGGCCGCAUGGACUAUGAAGAUAUUCUUAUCACAGAAGAUCAAAAUUGUCCAGAAAACGGGUAUGGCGAGGAAGUCACACCAACUACUUGUCUCAAUGUCUUGAAGACAACGUACGUGAGGAACAACCAGUCAGCAAAACAUAUGUGGCGACAAAUCUGGUCAGAAUUCUUUCAGGUACCAAGUUAUACAUACCAAGAACUAUCCUCCUAUGUGAGCUCUUCAGAUUCGAGUCCAGAGAAGCUAUAUACAGACAGAUUUGUGAAAAUUAAUAAAAAGAAUCAGGACUACAUAUUUGACAAUGAAGUGUAUUAUAAAAGGAUAGCUGUUCUUGCUGAAACUGUGUUAUUGGAAGCUGAUUCGAGAGCCAGGGAAGAAGAGAAACCAGCAUAUGUCAAUGUCAUUGGAUGUGGUCUAGGUGUUUGGAUGAUAUCACCACAUCAACUGGACGUUUAUGUGCUGACUUUCUUGGAGCGAGUCAAAUAUUUACUCCGCAAGGAAUUAUUGCAGAACGUUUCCGAUGUCAACUUUUCAUACAUUAAGCCUACUCAGAAAAUAUUAGCAAUGUUUAGUGAAACAGGGUCUGGAAAAAAUAAAGUGCGAAAACUGUUCCUUGAAAGUAAAAAGCAUCCACGAGGCGGCAUCAACGUGCAAAUUCUACAGCGACAGCCUUCGUCGGCGUUAACAGGGGAACACAAAGGCAAAUUAUUAGUCAUGACAUACCCAUGGGAUGGAAAUGCACAUCCAGGAAACGAAUUCUGGUACGGCAGCCUGACGUCGUCGGGCGACCCGGCGGCGGCGUGCUCCACGCAGGUGGCGGAGCUGCACAACGCGCACGUCAACCGCGCGCUGCGCCCCACGCACGCGCGCGUCGCCCACGCACGCGGCCUGCUGCCGCUGCCCGACUACUGCCGCGCGCACCGCGCCUAG